GCUAGCUGGCAAAAUGGAGCAUUCUCAAGAGUCGAUGUUUUGGCUUUAUCGGCGUCAAAUAUUGUGAAGUGUGCACGCUUGAUUCGUGAGUCCGGCCGAUUUGGAUAGAUUUAGUGACUUUGGAUUUUUUUUCUUUUUCUAACUGGGAAAAAAUCCGUACGCCCGUUAGGUGCAUCGAAAGGGACCGUCGGGUAUUUUUCUUGUUAUCAGAGCUCGGUUCUUUUAGCGUCACACAAGAAAAUUGACGUUCAGCUGCAAUCGAGACUUUUGGGCUCCGUCGGGUAGGUUGGACAUUAUGUUAUGCGAUCUUAACAGCCCUGCGACAUUUAGACUGUUUCAAUCGUCCUCCUGACGAGUUAUAUAUCAGGCAACUUAACAAACUAACACGGCAGUCGGGCUGUGACCGAAGCUCGUUUAUUGGAGGGGCUGUGACUGAAGCUCGUUUAUUGGAGGGGGGGUGAAAGAAGGCGAGGGCUUUGGAAGACCGGUCGACACAAAGUUGCAAUAUAGCGCCUCUCGUCGGUUCCGUUGUUGGGAUACACACAACCCAGGAAAACACAAUCCGGUUUGUCAUCCGAGUGACGUUACGCCGCCUACUCGAUGAGAAGGGAAGGCGAAGUGGGGUGGCGAGUCGAGUUUUGUAAACGAUACCGCCCUCCUACUUCCUGCAGUGCAAGAAGGUGUGUCUCUGUGUAUUUUCAAGGCAAGACAAAACGACUCACACCUACGGCCGUUCGUACGAAACAGUCUACAGACUGCUGUUAAAUAACCAUGGGACUUUGACACGGGCUAGAUAGACGUACUGGUUUGUUUUUGUUUUUUUUGUAAUUCACGCCGAAUCCGUAUUACGCGGAAUGAGGCCUAACCUACUUAAACCAGCCGACAGCGGUGGUCAGUGCGAGUCAGAUUUGUCACUCGACGGCAACAAAAGCACGUUACAUAGUCGGCAAGCUAACGCCAGGGCAUGAUUUCAAGACCGCGUAAGGGGUUUCACCUCGCUUUUGCUGGACAACCAGUUAACUUUUCCCCCAACUGCUAAGUAGGCGGCACAGUUGGAGGACGAUGGAGACGGGUAUUCAGCCUCACCAGGGCGAACUGUUCGUCCACCCGCUCUCCAACCCCGCGGCCGCGGGCAUCUGCCCCGAAAUGCUGGAAGUGGCGGAAGAGGCCAGUCGGGCCGGCGACUUCAACCUCGCCGUGGAGAUAUACAGCUCACAGCUCGCCGACCUGCAGCAGCCCGACCGAGGUCUAUGUCUGCGUAAAGCCGACUCUCUGGCCCGGGCCGGGCGGAUAUCGGAGGCUCUAGACUCGUACUGCACGGCGGCCAACCUGAGCAAACUCCGACCGGAGGAGCUGCGGCUGCUGGUGGAGACCAUAGCGCGCAGUCUUCGCGAUAAAGAGUUGACGGGAAUCGCGGGCGGAGUACGCGGCGGCGGGGACCCGGGCGACGGAGAGCCGGACGGGGACACCCCGGAGGACGAGCCUCUCGACUUGUUUUCGUGUCGCCUGUGCAAGUGUUUGCUCCACGAACCCGCGACUCUGGAGUGCGGCCACACUUUCUGCAAGCGGUGCUUGGAGGACGACGCCGUUAAGGACUGCAGACAGUGCAGGCACAAACCGGGCACAAAAGACGGCCAGGUAUCACCCGUCGGCCUUAGACUCAACGUCGUCCUCAGCGGCCUGCUGGAUAAGUGGUUCGAGGCGGAGAGCAAAGCCAGGAGGCACUGGGUAGAAGGAGAGACUUUAUGGAAAAGGCAGAGCCACGCAGAUGCCUUGGAGAAGUAUAACAACGCGGUGGAGCUGGCGCCCUCUUUAGCUCGACUGCUGUACCAGCGGGCCGAGCUGCACAUGGAGAUGAGGUCCUACAGUCUAGCUGUUCAGGAUGCCAGCAGCUUAUGCAGAAUCAAACCUCUCUGGCCAAAGGCCCAUUAUCUCAAAGCCACAGCUCUAAGUAAAGCAAGCCGUAAUGAUGAAGCCUUGCAGGAGUAUUUCGUGUGUGUGGCUCUCAAACCUAACUGGACCAAAGUCAAAAUUGAGGCUCAGAAGGUGCUUAGCGAGCUGUUCUCCUCUGUGUUUGAGAGGGAGGACAUCACAACCCCAUUGCACCCUCUCCAGGGGGGGCAUGCCGGCCGCCUCAUCAAACCCACCUCCCUGCUUAACAGUCUAAGACCUCUCACACAGAGACCUGGUUUUUCCUCUCAGGACUCAGAGAUCAGUGUGACCAAGAGCGCUCCAGCCGAGGAAUCCUCUCAUCUACUUCCCCUCUCCCCUGCGAAGUCUAAUCUGCCCAUAGGGGAAGACAGCAGUAAGAGCUUAGCCAGUGUCCUGGCAGCCCUCCCACCUCCCCCUGGUGGUCUCAAGAGGAGGCACAGUGGCGAUGGGCCGUCGUCAGCUUUCAGUCCCCCCUCUAAGCUCCUCAGACCAGAUGCAGCAUGCUCCUCUCAAGCAGCAGUUGUGUCUGGAGGGAGGACAGUGCCUCCCCAGCUACUGGACAGUGCAGACAUGGAGUGUUCCCUCUGCAUGAGGCUUUUCUAUGAGCCAGUGGCAACUCCCUGUGGACAUACCUUCUGCCUCAAGUGUCUUGAACGCUGCCUUGACCACAACCCCAACUGUCCCCUCUGCAAGGAGAAUCUCUCAGAGUAUCUGGCCACCAGAGGGUACAACAAGACCCUGCUGAUGGAGGAAGUGCUGCAGCGUUACCUCAGUGAUGAGCUGGCAGAGAGGAAAAAAAUCCACGAGGAGGAAAUGAAGGAGCUGUCCAACUUGAACCAGGAAGUGCCAAUCUUUGUGUGCACCAUGGCCUUCCCUACCAUCCCUUGCCCUCUGCAUGUCUUUGAGCCACGCUACCGGCUCAUGAUCCGCCGCUCCAUGGAGACUGGCACCAAGCAGUUUGGCAUGUGUAUCGCUGAUGAGGUCAAGGGCUUUGCUGACCACGGUUGCAUGCUGGAGGUGCGUGAUGUGAAGUUUUUCCCUGAUGGGCGUUCAGUAGUGGACACCAUUGGCGUUUCGCGCUUCAAGGUGCUGAGCCAUGGCCAAAGAGAUGGCUACAACACAGCCAAGAUAGAGUAUCUCGAGGACAAGAAGGUGGAGGGGGGGGAGCUAGUGGAGCUACUGAAGCUUCAUGACUCGGUCUAUGAGCAGGCCAACAACUGGUUCACCUCCCUCAAAGACAACAUGAAGAGCCAGAUCCUCAGCCACUUUGGACAUCUGCCCAGCAAAGACCCUGACCCACAGGGUAGUCCCAGUGGUCCUGCCUGGUGCUGGUGGCUGCUCGCUGUCCUGCCCUUAGAGAACCGGGCCCAGCUCACCAUCCUGGCCAUGACCUCCCUAAAGGACCGCCUCAUCGCUAUCCGCAGGGUCCUCAUCUUCGUCACACGUAAGAAGCCACGGUGAUGGCUGGGCUGCCCUUUAAACCCUGGACCUCUUGCCAUUUGUGCGGUGCAUCCAACUGUCUAUGAAGUCAUCGAUCAGGCAUCUAUCAUGAGCUCCACUGAGAGCGUUGCCUUUGCAGUAUUUCCAGAACUCAACAUAAACUCAGCUGUGGCCUGAGAAGCUGGCUGUGGCACGUACCCUUAUUCUAUGUUCGUCCAUGUUACCAGCUAUUCAUCAAUCUACCUGUUCAGCCAUUUGUACCUGUUCCUUCACUGAAUCAGUGGCGCUAUGAAAUGUUUCUCUGACAGAAAACCCUUCAUACUUUAUUCUGAUUCUCUACUGAAAACUAGGAGAUGCAGGUGGGGCCUAGCUGUUACCAUCAAGGUCAGUUCUUAGCUGUCUGGAAGGAUCUUUGGAGCCUGUUAUGAAGGCUCACUACAGAAGAAGGAAUUGUGAGCAGAGUUGUGAAUACAUGAGAGUAGCUUAUUGCAUAUAUGAAGUAGUACUUCAAAUAGACUGGGCUGUAGGAAGACGGACUGUAACACAACGAUGUGACAUGUCACAGCCACAAGAGUAUAACAAAGCUCUCGCCGUGGAUAGUUCAAGACUCAAGAGAACGGACGCUUACCUCCUGAAAUAAUCCAGUGAGUCAAGUAAAUUCUUCAUGAGACAGUUCAAGCCUGUUUCAUGCCAUAAGCAAUCAUCAUCUGUCAGUCCUGAAAUAUAAAGCAAAAAGGAAUAAGACACAUUUGUACGACUGAGAAAGACACAGAAUUGAAUGUAUUGGUUUGACUGUAGUUUGUGGAUGGUUUUUUUUUUUACUGUUGUAAAACCAAAUUUACGAGUUGUACAGUAAGAGCAGAUUCCUGCAAACCCCCCCUUGGCGACGGCCGUUGUUCCUCUCUGUCUCUCUCUCUGUCUACACAUCUGAGCCGAGAAUUGAAAUGCUAAACCCUGGGGUUCUUUGUCUUAUCGUAUCACCCAUUGCUGUGUAUGUUGCCUCAGAACAUCUCACAAAAUGUGAUGACCUCUGUGAGAGGGGGAGCACGUCGAGGAUGGACCGGUGGUCACGCCCUCGCAAGUGAGUCUUAGAAAAAUCACGUGCCGCAAAGAGAGAGUCCUGAUCAGAUCUAGACGGAGAAAUUUUUGUCGAGUUUAUAAACAUACAUAGUAAUAUGUCUUGGAAAAUGCAUCCCCCUCGAUUCUAUUUUGAUUUGGAUCGACCGCAUUUCCUCCUGUCAUGACACCAUAUCUCUGGGUGAGAAAAAUAGACCUAAGCUUUGGGGUUGAUUGAGUCCUUUGUCACUUUUUUUUAAUGUAUCUUCAGUUUCUUUCUCUCUGCCCUAAAAUGUACAGUGAAGUCUUUAGUUGGGUAAUUUUUAUCUUAUUUUUUUUAAAUCUGUAAGUUGAUGUGACUUGGAGGCCUUGUCAGUGUUCUGUUAAUGUCGUUUCUCUCUCCUACCUGUGUAGCUCCACUGUAGUUACUAGCUCUCUGUACGGGGUCGGGAUUAAGACAAGCUGCAUUUCCCAUGUAUAUUUGUAAAGGGAGUUCUUCUACCUAUUUUUUAUCGCAAACGGAAAUAAAACACUCAUGUUCA